AGCACCCCCAUCUCUACAAUGGAUGCUUCCACUGGAUCACACUCAUCCUGCGCUUCAACAAAGUUUUAUCUGCCUCUUGCCAUCGUCCCAUUGCAAGAUGCUAGUGCCACUCCGAGACCACCUUCCCGCCAUGAGUUGACUGACGGUACUCCGCUGCCGAGUGUCGAACAGUCAUCCCCGAAACCACCAAACAACUGUAUCGUAAUCAUACAAAACAACUGUAUUGCGGAGGGGGGAACCAUCAAUAUAUUUUCAAGUCACUGCAACGGUUCCACCGCGACCAAGUUAGAACAUGUCACCACUACUGCAGAGCCUAUGCCUUUGGAGCCUCCGCCAGCGACGCGGGCAGAGCCCGCGGAGCAUGGUCGUGAAAGCAUAGUAUUAACCGGCAAUACGUUUGGCCAGUGCGUCAUGAUAAAUGUAGGAUCGCAAAAUUGCACUGGAGCUGUUAAACAAACAGCUCUUGCGUCUCAAAUUGACCGCAACGUCUAGCGGGAUGGAGUAGGGGCUGAUGAG